CACAUUAUGGAUUAUGACGACGAUGACGAUGACCUUUACGACCCGGCCGAUGCUGUUCCAGUGCACCAGAACCAGAAUGGUUUGCAACAAAAGCCGCAGGAGGCAGAUGGUGCCGAGGAGGAAGAAGUUGAGGUAGAAGAUGACGAUGACGAGUUCAAUAUUAUUACAGAAGCUCCCCCAGAGGCUGUUCUCGCCGAACCCACGCAUCCUCGUCAUACUGUACUGCGGAACGAGUUACAACGGCCAGGCUCGACUGAUUCAGCCGCGAAAUCUGCCACAUCCUCUGCCACUCCCAGACUCGAGGUUCCAACACCAGUGAUUACCGGGGCAAGGCCAGUAGUGCCUUUAAACCAGAAACCAGGUUCGGAAUACCCACCUGUAAAAGUAUCGACGAUCGAUGUCCAUGCAAACCCGGUAUUACCUCAAACCGGGAAAACGGUCCUUGCUACAGAUAUGGAUGCCGACUUCCCCACAGAAGAUGACAAGCCGUGGAGGCGGCCGGGGUCAGAUAUAUCGGAUUACUUCAACUACGGAUUCGACGAAUUUACCUGGGUUAGCUAUUGUCUAAAACAACAAGACUUACGGAAAGAAGUCGGCGACCAGAAGAGACAGCUGGAUGAUAUGCAAACGUUCUUGACGAUGGGACUUCCACCAAUGCCUGGCGGACCUCAACCAGGACCUGGGGGAGCGCCAGGAAGCGCCCCUCAAGGAAUGCCAGGAAUGCCCGGCAUGCCUGAAAUGUCUCCUGAUAUGAUGCAGGGUAUGCUGGCCGGCAUGAUGGCCCAGGGUCUUGAUCCUUCUUCAAUGGACCCUAUGUCAUUCAUGCAACACGCACAGGCUAUGAUGGGCGGCCAGUCCGGCGCUGGCGGCGGACAGCAAGGCCAACCAGGCUUCGGCAGCCAAUCCCAACAAGGCUUUGGAGGGCAAGGAGGUGGCCAGGGGCCUAUGGGAUACGGAGGCUAUGACCAGCGCUCAGGAUAUGGCGGUGCCGGCAGAGGACGAGGCGGGAGGAGAUGGUAGGCCCAGGACCAACUUUGUACUCUAUAAUUACAGUAAUCUUUGUGAUUCCCCUUCAAUCACUUCAAAUUGGGAGCCCGUGGGAAAAUACCUAGUAUAUGCCGUGAAAAAGCAUAGAAUCUAGUUGUAUUAGAUGGCUUUCCAUCUCACGACCACUAUGGAGUUUGGUCGGUAACUACCUGUAGUUAAUUGGUUGUUUCCUUUGGGUACUCGUAUGUAUCGGGGUAAAGGAGCUGCGUCGAGAGUACAGCCAGCUUAGAGUGGUAAACAAAGCUUCAAGCAGAGCAACUUGCAUCUGUAGAGUUCUCCUCUGUUCUCUCGGCUCUAGCUCCGGUUUGUCGGCAUCGC